CUUCACGAACCAAAAAGAGGAAGUUCGUUCAGAAAGAUGUUCGAAUUUGUUGGUCGCUGUUUUCACAGUAAUAUAUGGGGAUUCUGUUCGAGGAAAUCAAAAUAUGUUGGAUUUAGAGACGAAGAACGCCGCCAGAAACAAGUGAGCCUUGAUCCUCGAUUAGACCCUGCUUGGGAUGCAGAUGUAGAUGCCCUCAAUGAAAUGGAGUACAACUUAGUUGCUGAGCAACCAAAAGGAAUCAAAUUAGAACUACAUGAUCCAGAUACAAUAGAAUCACCAAGAGAAAAGGAAUCUGAUGAAGAAGAGAAGACUCCUAGCAAAGCUGACUGGGGUGAUAAACUAACACCACAUGCCUUGGACAUAGUCAAUCAGAAUGAAAUGUCAGACUUGAUUCCUGAAGAUAAAUCUGACAGUGCUUCAAGUUCAUAGCAUGAAUUUAUUCAACUAUGGUAAACAUUUAUUUAACACAACACAUAAAAACUAAGAUUUAUUAAUUUUAAUCCAGAUAAUUAUUCUAAAGGUAAAGCAACACAAAGUCAAUUUUUGCACCAAUUGUUUCAUAAGCUGUUUGGUUUUUGUUUUGUAUGGACCUGGUUUUCUGAUGAAACCAAAUUAAUUUUAGAGUUUCUCAAAUAGAUUUUCCAUUUAAUCACAAUUUUUUGCCAAUUUAAAUUACUGAUUUUGCGUGUUGCCAAUUUGCUGUUGAUAAAAGAGUCAACGUUAAAAAUUGAAUUCUGAAGAUCAUACACUGUUUCAAUUACCUUACAUUACAUUAAAAGGAAUAUUUUUGAAUUACAAAAAAGUUCAACAAGAUACAAGUAUUAUAACUUAACUUUUUAAGGUAAUAAAAACAUUCAGAAGCAUAUAUGCUUUCCACACAUUAUAUUAACUUUCCAAGUCAACUUUAGAAAUUUUGCAUUAAAGUUUAAUGAAUUUUUUUUGUACUAUUCAUUCACUUUAAAUUUGGAAUGGAUUGUAAAUAAUUAAUUAGUCUGGGUUUUGCAAAUGUAUAAAUUAUCUAUAAAUAUGCUGGAGCAGUAUGGCAUUCUUCAUUAGAGCUAGUUUACAUGUGAGUCAAUGCAUCAUUCUGUGAUUAAACAAAGGACUGCUGUUAAAGAA